CACGCUGGUUAAGCAGGUAGUCAGAUUCAGAUUUUCGGCGCCGAAUAUCUGACUUGGAUGUGUCCAAAGUGCAAGCAGGUUGGCAGGUUGGAAACGUCACCUGCCCGUUUGUGAUCAGUGUAUCAUGGAUCUUACAAGAGAAGAGACAGCAGCUUUACUGCUGCUUACUGACAAUGUGGUGACGAAGUUAAGACCUGUGAGAAGUGAAGUGCAUCCUAUUAAUAAGUUAAGAUCUACUUACGGGGAAUACUCACAUCUUUUUCCGCAGCUUCUGGCCGAUGAGAACAGAUUUUUCGAAUAUUUCAGGAUGAGCCCGAACACAUUUUAUUUUAUUCUGUCGAAAAUCGAACACAAGCUUACCAAAAACUGGGCGAAUUACCACAAAACCCCUAUUCUUCCAGAGGAGAGACUGCAUAUCACGUUGAGGUUUUUGUCAACGGGUAUGUCAUUUCGAGGAUUGGCAUUCUCUUUUAGAAUGGGAAAAUCUACAGUUGCUAAUAUUGUUAAGGAGACAGUUACGGCAAUAUGGGAUGAAUUGCAACCACUUUAUAUGCCUACACCAUCAGAAGAAGAUUUUAGUAAAAUAGCUAAUGAUUUUGCUGAAAUAUGGAACUUCCCACACGUGAUUGGUUGUCUAGAUGGCAAACAUAUCAGAAUAAAGUGUCCAGAUAAUUCGGCUGCAAUGUUCUUUAAUUAUAGAAAGUUCUUUUCUAUUGUUCUGCAAGGUUUAGUGGAUGCAUCCUACAAAUUUAUAACUGUUGACGUUGGAGGUUACGGAAAGCAAAGUGAUGGUGGAACUUUUCUUGCAUCUCACUUGCACAAAUUCAUUGAAUCUGAAGAUAUAACAUUUCCAGAACCUAAAAUGGUGCCUAAUACAAAUGUCCAAGCUCCUUUUGUGAUGUUGGCUGAUGAAGCAUACCCGCUGCUGCCUCAUUUAAUGACACCUUACAAGAGAAAGAACUUGGACCCCACGAAAAGGAAUUACAAUAAGAGACAUUCAAGAGCUAGAAAAACAGUUGAGUGUGCGUUCGGAAUCCUGUAUGCAAAAUGGAGAAUACUUUCAAAAGUACUAGAUACGGAUGUCGAGUUGACAGAAAUGAUGAUUAAAAGUACAGCCUGCUCGCAGGAAAUCGGCGCGCUGGUGCACUAUGGACGCUUCCGUUGA